CAAAUGCCUAUCUGAUUUAGAUCUCAAUUUCCCUUUAUUUGCGCACUUUCCACCCACUCUUUCAAAUGACUGCAGCUCAAAUACAUUCUGAUUGUAGUGUUCAUAUGCUGCCACGUCAUGUCAAAGAGGAUGUAGAACCAAUUCAUCUGUUAGGGUUUAAUAUUGCCAGAAAACCAAAAUGGCUUCAAUUUGUUCUUCUUUCUUUAGCAAUAUUUAUUUUGUACAUAGGAUACGGGUAUAUGCAGGAAUUAAUAUUCAAACUACCUGGAAUGAAACCAUUUGGAUGGACGUUAACACUUAUUCAAUUCCUGAUUUAUAGCGGAUGUGGAUAUACGGAAUGUAUUAUUUGGCAUAACACGAAACGAAUGAUCCCUUGGAGAAUCUACGGUGUAAUUGCCUUUUUCACAGUAGCAACAAUGGGACUUUCGAAUGCAUCCGUUGGAUAUUUAAAUUAUCCAACUCAAGUGAUUUUCAAGUGCUGCAAGCUAAUUCCAGUGCUCAUUGGAGGGAUUCUGAUCCAAGGAAAACGAUAUGGAUGGAUUGAUAUUGGUGCGGCGAUGUUAAUGAGUUUAGGAAUUAUCAUGUUCACAUUGGCCGAUAAUAAAGUAUCCCCAAAUUUCGAUUCUCGAGGAUACAUCAUGAUUUGUGGAGCUCUUCUGGCAGAUGCUGUAAUUGGAAAUAUUCAAGAAAAGAAUAUGAAGAAGUACGGUGGAUCUAGUAAUGAAAUGGUUCUCUACUCAUAUGGAAUUGGCUCAGUGUUCAUUUUCGCAUUUGUCGUGCUCUCCGGUGAAGUCUUCAGUGCAAUUCCAUUUUUCCUGGAGAACUCGUGGAAAACAUUCGGCUACGCACUGAUCCUCUCAUGUCUUGGAUAUCUCGGUGUCAACGUUGUGCUCACUCAUAUCAAAGUGUUUGGAGCACUUGUUGCGGUUACUGUGACAACUCUUCGCAAGGCACUGACUAUAAUUCUGUCGUUCAUGCUCUUCUCGAAGCCGUUCACCAUCGAAUAUGUUUAUGCGGGAUCUGUGGUGAUGCUGGCAAUUUAUUUGAAUUUGUACAGCAAGAACAAGACGUCUUGGGAUAAUAUGAUAAGAAGAUUCGUGGCGAGAGCAAUGGGAUAUCAUGAUGUAUCUGUUGCUAGGAAGGAUCCAAUGACGGUUUAGAACUUAAAUAUUAACGAAUAACUUUUUAUCAGGGCUCGGGUAUAUUAUACUUGCUUUUUCCUUCUUUUCAUGUGAUAUUGUCAGUUCUUUUAAAUACAAAUAAUUUAUUUGC